AUGGAGGAGUAUCCUCAAGGCUUCCGCUUCUUCCCAACUGAGGAGGAGCUCGUCUCCUUCUACUUGCACAAUCAGCUUCACGGCCUUAAGCAGGACAAGCUUCAUCGUGUCAUCCCAGUCCUCGAUAUUUUCGACACUGAGCCGUGGAAUCUCCCCGAGCUUGCGGGAGAGAUGUGUAAAGAAGACAGAGAGCAGUGGUUCUUCUUUGCACCCAUGCAGGAGAGGGAGGCGAGAGGAGGGCGGCCCAGUCGGAGCAUGGCCACUGGAUACUGGAAGGCCACCGGGUCUCCCUGUUAUGUCUACUCGUCUGACAACAAGGUGAUCGGCGUAAGAAAGUCAAUGGUUUUCUAUGUGGGAAAACCUCCCAGAGGAAGAAAAAGCCACUGGAAAUUGAACGAGUACAGGGCCAUUGAACUCCCGGCGACCAAUCCCAAUCCCACGAGCAGUAAUCUUUCCAUUCCUAAGCUAAGACGGGAAUAUACAUUAUGUCGAGUGUAUGUGGUGUCGGGGAGCUCUCGAGCAUUUGAUCGCCGGCCACCAGAACUGGUGGCUAGAGAGACAACAUUUCAGGGAGGCGACGGUGCUGCUAGCAGCGGAGGCAGUGGAUGUGGAAAUGUAUCGUCAUCUGUGGCGCCAACAGCCAAUGUAGGAAGUUCCCAUCAAUGGGAGACGGCAAGUUUGGAAGAACCAAUUUGGGAUUGGGAGCAACUGGAUUGGCUCUAA